AACCAGACCCAUCGUGACCGGGCGCCGAACCACAACCGUCGCACAAGGCGACACGAUCACACGCGCGUGCGUCUCGUUCCGUUGCCGCCGACGUCUCUUCUACAGCAGGCCGCGAACGCGUUUCGCCAUCGUCCACAGACCCGAAGGCGGCCACUCGCCAUGGCGUGAUCAUGCGGCGGACGCGAUGCGCAUCAGCAGCCGGUCGUUGAACGGCGGCCGAGGCCGCGUUCUGCUGCGGCUGGCCUUUGCGUUGCUCCUGCAGCUGCACGCUUGCGCCGCCGGCUUGCAGCAGAACGCCGCGCCGACGACCACAGCCACCGAGGAUGUGGCCGCGACCACAGCGGUGGUGCACAAGUGUUGCGGCCGCGACGAGAUCGUCGUCGUCAACCGAUGCCGGAGCGCCAACGAAACCGGCUCCACGCCGUGGACGCCCGAGUUCAACGCCAGCCACGAAGACGAACCCGCCGCCGGACAAAACACUAUUCCGGCCUCGUCUGUGCCUUAUAAAUUAGCCACCGGAUUCCCAAACUGUAAAACCCGUCAACAAUGGUUGGUGUACCAUUACCGCGGAUCCGGCGACCGACUGGUGUUGUACCCGAACGGAAAACUCAGACACUACGUCCUUAAACAUCAGCACGGCAGCAGCGAAGAACAACAGCAACAGAACCGUGACUUCAUCGUGGAUCACGAACGUUCCUUCGACUACGAACAAGGAUUUUACUGUUUGGACAAAGUCAUUGACAUCGAUCGUCCGGACAUGAACGCACAAGUGGCCGUCAUCUGUACGCCACAGAUACCGUCACCCUGGACGGACGCCGAUUUCGUCAUGCGAAGGAUCGUCAACCCUGCUUGCCAUGCCAUCGCGAUGGUUUGCUUACUGCUCGUCGCCGUCGUCCAUUUCGUUUUGCCGCAGCUCAGAGACUUGAUCGGAAAUAUGGUGACCACUCUAGCUGGCUGUAUGAUCGUAGCCCGGAUCGCCAACAUUGUCCGCAUAUUCGUCGAGUACAACGGUCCCGUCAGCUAUUUGACAGCCGACUCGUUUCUUUACACGUCCACGCUCGGUUCGUUCUUUUGGCUGAACGCGAUGGGUUACUACAUUUGGCGUACGUUCAAGUCACGUAACGUUUUCCUGCGCAUUACCGACGGACGCAAAUACUGUUAUUACUCGUUGUACGUGUGGGGUUGCACGUUAACCAUGGGCGGCAUGGCGCUUUUCGCACAUCUGAUAUUGGACUCACGUGACAGCAACGCUAAUAGAAGCCAUUCGUCGCAUCCGUCUACGACCACAUCAAUAGAAGGAGCCAUAGGGUGGCUCGGAAUUUCCGUCAUAUUCGUCCCGGUCAUAUGCACGAUUCUAGUCAAUUUGUUCUUUUACAUUUCCACCAAGACAGUGAUCAAACGGAUGUCGACAUACGGUCAAAUCCAUCACAAAAUGAAAUAUAGUUUCGACAUGUUUUCCAAACUGUUCGCGAUCAUGGUGAUCGACCUGACGCUGUUCAUCCUGUCGUGGACUCAACACGAUUCGCUGUUCUACGUGCACGUUGUCUUCAAUCCCAUACAAGCGGCGCUGGUACUGUACGUGACCGUCAUCCGACCGAAACGAGUUAAGUUUCUGCUGCGCAAGGCCUGCUGCUACGAGCGGUGCAUUUUGCCGUGUUGCCGACCAAAGGAAACGGACGUACAAGCUGGCGCUGAAUGGGGAGAGGAAAUGAUGGCGUUCAAUACUGCCGAUUAUUAGCGAUCCUUCACCCACACCCACCACCGCCAGUUUCAUUCAACGACACACCUAAUACGUUUUAUACUAAUAAAAACGAUCGAAUGUCGUCGUAUUUAUAUUAUGUCCUUAUUCGAUAAAUAUAAAUAAUUAAGGACUAUUAUAAUAAUUAGAUUUUACAUUUUUAUAAUUAUAACUAUUUUAUUUUUUAUAUAUUAUAUACGAAUCGCCAUUCCAAUAAACGCAAUAAUAAUAUUUCUA